AUGUCCACGCCAGCAUCAAUUUAUCCUGAUAUUGGACCACCACCUCUAGCCCAGAGCACCACCAGCCCCACCUAUACAACAACACAACAGCGCAUGGAAGAUGAUGAAAGGUGUGCAAAAAUAAAACGUUUUGUUGGUGGAGCCGUAUUGAUAGCCUUGGUUAUCAUAGGCUGGCAUUUGUAUGAACAUUUUACCUAUGAUCCUCUACACAAUGUGCCUGAAUCUCCAACAGAGCAUGAAAUUCACGAAUUCACACGCAGCCUCUACGAACUGGAAAUGCAACAUAAUCCAUAUUUGGCCAAAGUUAAUUUCCAGGGGCGGACGAAGGCAUCGUAUCGGGAUGAUAGGGCACCACAUCCCCUCUUGCAGGUCAACGAAGAUUUGCUGGCCUCGGAAGCUGUUGAAUCUCGCACCAUUGUCUUAAUGCGACGCUUGUUCGAUAACUACGAACUAGACACACAUACAGUGGAACAUGUCACCGAGGAAGAGCAGCAAGAGGAAGAUGAAUUUCUAAGAGCAGUGCUGGAUACCCCGGUCAUGAAGAAGACAAUGAAGUUUUUGGAAUUUAAAGGUGUUGCCACCAAUAACCGAGAUUCCCAGCUGCGACUUCUCAAAGAUAUGUGGUUUUCACAAUAUUCCCGUGGCCAGGGCCGCAUUGGUAGUUCGGGAUUUGAACAUGUAUUUAUGGCCGAGAUCCGUGAUGGCACCAUACUGGGUCUACAUAAUUGGGUGUAUUUUCAUGAGCAGGAAAAACAAGGGCAUUUGAAUUAUAAGGGCCACAUAGAUAAAUUGAAUUUGGAAAAGGAUGGUCACUAUCUUAUGGCCUUGCGUUUUAGCUUCCACAACAUCAACAAAGCCUAUAAUACCCUGUUUGUUGGUACCUCUCCUGAGCUGGAACUCAGCCUUUAUACCAUGUGUUUCCUGCUGAGUGUGGGUCAACCCUGUGGUGUGCAACUGGGUCAUGUGAAAUUUAGUAUAAUUACCCAUGCCUGGGAUUGGCAUGGCAAGAAAAUGGUGGCCACCGCCUAUCCAUCGCUGGAUAAAUAAAUGAAUCUCAGCGCCAUCCUCGGACUACCUCUUG